GGCUCCUCCGUGUAUAGCAUUUGUCCUCUGAGGUUGCUUUCCCCAGUUUCUCUUUUGGAUAAAAGAGUUCUCUAAUUUUAUGGCAAUUCCUGUGCUGGUGAGCAGGUUGUCUUUUUGAAACUUCGAUCUGGGAUCACAUUCAGAAACUUCCUCAACAUAAUACCAGCUAUCUAGGGGUGCUCAGGAGCAGCAGGGCUUGAAGAUCAGUCGGCUCGACAGGUUGUUGGGGCGCAAAGGACGAAGGCCGAGCUUGGCACAGAAAGCUCAAUCACCAGCAAACGCGGCGAGGUAUUUACGAAUAGGGUAGAUGGAGUAAGGCGCGAGUCGUCACUUCCGUCGAACUGUCCAUUAUCGUUUCAGUACGAGCUUCGUAGGGUUCGUCCCAGCGACGGACAUCGCAUAUACGACCUGCAUCAAAUCGGCUAGAGUUGGCAGAAUCAAGAAGGCAACUAUAGUAGAAAUCAGCAACGUCGAGUAUGGACGUGACUUCGAUGUUGAAUCAGGGUGCCGCAGCGGCAAGGAGAGAAGCUGAAGGGUCUUCCGAUCUCACACCAACGCCUUCUGUGGUGGAUAGCACAACAGUCUGUUCGUCCGCUGUGCAGACUCCAUCCCCCGAACAGACACCAUCCAGGAGGACGAGUGACUCUUCAAGGACUCCUAACCGCGCAAGAACGCCUUGGGAUGCCGGUGGCUAUUCUCUACCUUUAACAUUGGACACCAAGACGGCUAUCCAACCACUUUCCAAGCCGUCAUAUUACAGCGAGUCGCCAAUUGAUUCGGCUAGUCCGAAGUCACCGAAACACAGAUUUUCGGACAGUUACAGCAGUCUGUCAUCGUACACAUCGUCUUUGCACAGUGUAUCUCAUUCCAGGUUCUCGUCAUUGUCAACUGUCAGCGGGUUUCAAUCCGUCCCGCCACUUAUUACUGAUAUGCCACCUCUGGACUCGAGGGCAUGCGACACCUUGGACUCAGCAAUCAGCAGGUCGUCGGCCGCGGAUUAUUUCGGAAAGAGGUUGAGGAAAGAUGGAGGAGGAUCUCCGACAACAAUUGCAGAGGAGCCUUUCAUGGAGGGUGCCCGGCGACCGGGCUCGCCUUCUGAUGCGAUGUUGAUCAGGGGAAGUGUGAGCUCAGAGAGGAUGAGCCCACAAGACUUCGUAAAUUACCGAGCGACUACAGCCAAUCUAGCUCCUCCAUCACCAAUCAGUCCUGACUCGAAAGCUGGUUCGGGUUUCCUUGCUCUUCCUGAUCUAUCUAAGUCACACAAACGUGCAAUUUCGGCGCCAGAUUUUGCUGCUAUCGGCGUAAUUAACCAAUCCUAUUCAGCUAUUCCUCAGACCCUUCAGCCCACCCCACCGCCUUCACAUCAAGGAGAUCGACGGGCAAGCUACAUGAUGGAAGCUCUUUCGGCAUCGCCCACUGCUCCCAACUCGGGCACGGUUGAGGAGAGCAUCAAGUGUAUGUAUGUCGAUAAUUGCGAUACUGGCUCGCAACCUCGUAAGGCUAUCUCCCACAUCUUCGGUCGAAACAAGCUCUGCACACGAAUGAUUCCUUCCCACGUCUGGGUUCACUUCUGCCGUAAGCAUUAUCAGCGUAGUCGUUACAGGAACGCUCAGGAGUACUCUAAACUUCAGUGCGAACUUGUCCAGAAGCAGAUUCAGCGGGUACAGGCUUGGAGCGACUCAAAUAAACAGGCUGGCCGAUCUGGGGUUGUCCAGGACUGGUCCUUGUCAGUCCGGAAGCGGGAACAAAAGAGGAUCGACGAUCAGACUUCUUCCGGCAAAAAGAGACGCUUCCGAGAUGAGAGCGAAGAGGAAGAUGCCGAUAACGCGGUCUUGAAUGGUACGGCUGUGCCGAACUGGCUUCUCACCAAGUGCAACAGUGGCUACAGCACAGCCCAAAUCGAAGAGAUUGUUGCACAGCUUAAGCUUGAGAUGGAUGAGGGGAAGCUGGCGCAGAUUCCGGAUAUUGAGAUUCUUCCCAACAUCAGCACUGAUUCGUCGGAAGAUGGCAAGAGCAAGGUCGCGAUCAAGCGAAAGACGAGUGCUGGCAGCGGUAUCCAUAAGCGAUCGCAGUCAGUUGGUUUUACACAGGGUCUUCAUCAUGAUCUUACACCCAUGAUGAGACGCGUGAGCCAGCCAGGAUUCACUGGGGACUGGUCACCUAUCGAGAAGCGUCAAAGAAUUCAUACGAUCUCGCAGUAUGGUAUGGUCGAUCGUCAGAACCAACGGGGUAGUUUGACUCAGGUGCCGGAACGUGGUGUUCCAAUGAUGGGCUCGGUCCAGCACACUGUUCUGCCACACCGCCCUGCAUCAUACAAUUACAGCAACAUCCGUGAGAAUCCGAUUGAAGAGGCGUACUACGACCACGCCAUUGCUAGAAACCCACAGUACACAUACGGCGGACCCUUACCUGUACCGACUCCACAGAGACUUGGGCAAUCCAUCGCUACUCAACUCGAGACCAAUACUGCAUCGCAAAGUUAUUUCGAGGUCAGACGCCCUAUGCACCAGCGGGCCCACUCCGAGAUGGGAAUGUUCAAUCACGACCCGAACUUCACCUUUCGUUCGACUUCUAUGGCAUAUACAGGUGCACCCCAGGCCUAUGCACAAGAACCUUUGCCUUACGAGACAUGCCAGGCUCCUACCUAUGGCAGUACUGGCGGUCCGCCUGGCUACUACGAUGAUGUCGCCAUGAACCGAUCUUAUACUGCUCAGCACAUGUGGUCCACUCCGGCCGGUGCUACUCCUUCACCCUAUGCCAUGCCUCGCCACGGCCGCCACCAAAGCACGUCAGCCGUCCCUCAAGCGGUCCCCCGUAUGGGACCAUCCGAAGAGACGUACGGGUCUCUGAAUGGCUCUCCUGGUCGGUUUGACGGGCAGCAUUCCCAGCAUCGCCGUCAGUACUCGUACAAUCCUUCGUACACUCUCGCAUCAGAGACACAGCGUAUUCAGGAGACUGAUCAGGCUAAGGCUCUUUUCCGCGAGCGCCGCUAAACAAGUCGUCUCCGGAGGACUGGGAUAGCCAUAUCUGCUCAUCUCUACUUUGCACACGUCGCAUUAGAAUUUCCUUUCUCUCAUAAUUAUCAUGAAUUGCUACUGCUAAAUCACG